AUGUCGACAGAGGCCGCACCGAUGACACCACCGGCUAAAAAGAGAAUGACGGACUGGAACUCCUGGUUUCAUCGGCGGGAAUGGGAUGCAGAGGAUUAUCUCGAUCAGUCAGAUGGUCUUCCAAAUAUUGACGAUGUCAUCUUACCCAAAGUAUCACCAAUCUUGACAGGCAUGGGCAAUUUUGAGGUCUGGUUGAGCGCCGUCACCAAAGUCCUGGACUCUAACAGGCUGAUGGGUUUGAUUACGAGACCACGGCCUCUAUUCUUGAACGAGCAGAGCGAAAGAUGGGCGAGCUUGUCUCUGGAGGUUGGCCAAUGGAUGGAAGACAGCAUUGAUGAGACCCUCUACUGCUAUCUCGAAUGGAUGGGUGAGGAUUGCAUCUACGCAGAUGCCGUUGUGAGAUCUGCCAAGCUACUUUUGCAGGGGAAAUCUCUAGCAGAUGCAAGGAGGAUGGAGAAGUUAGUCCAACUCAAGCCUAGCGACUUUGACAAGCCAUUCAAAUACGUCAUGGCAUACGCAGACCAAUUCGAAUCGGCUUGUAAGCAUGGGAUCAAUAUUGGUCCUUACGCGGCGCUCUUGACGAUACUCUUGAACUUUCAAAAUUCAAAGAGCGGUAUCUACUACAAGAUUCACCAAAUGCUCAACGUCGACUCGGGUGGCAAUGGGAGUCUUGCAGAGUGGGUUACUAAGGAAAGAUUUCAAUAUUACAUCACCCAUAUCAUCAAGUUAUUGAUCGACGAUGACCAAAGGUUCCUAAGCGCCUUUCAUUUCCCAUCCGAAAGAUGA